AACGUUUUACCCAACAGACCGCGUUAGAGAAAUAUAGAUUAAUCAAUUUAUUAAUAAAAAAUGUUAGAAUUCUAUAUUUUGAAUGUAUUAUGGUUUGUAAUAUCUGCCGCAAUAUCAUGUAUUGUCAUAAGUGUUUGUAGAAAUAAUUACUUUCCAACAGAGGAGCAAAAAUUAUUAGAUAAACUACCGUCUAUGACAAAAGGAUUUUGGAAUUUCAUAAAAAUAUCAUUCGAGUUGGGUUUAACAAAACCUUCUGGACUUAUGUCAUUUUUCUUAAAUGCUGAAAAAAAGUAUGGUCGAAUUUACCACUUUAACCUUAUGGGACGUUCCUAUGUAGCAAUAUCAGAUCCAAAAGAUUUAAAAAUAGUUUUAUCUAGUACACAACACAUAAGUAAAGGACCAGAAUAUAACAUGAUGAGGCCUUGGGUACAUGAUGGACUUUUUUUAAGCAUAGGUUCAAAAUGGACUACACGACGAAAGUUACUCACAAAUACGUUUCACUAUCAAACGUUGGACAUGUAUUUGCCUGCAAUAAACAAACAUUCGCAAAUUUUAACAAAAAAAUUGCUUAGAGUGUCUCAAAAUGAGAAAAAAAUCAAUAUUAAAGAGUACAUAAUACUGUGUUCUAUGGAUAUAGCUUGUCAAACAAUUAUGGGUGUUAAUAUGAAUUCUCAAGAAGGACAGUCACAAAAUUACGUCAAAGCAUCUAAAAAUGCAUCUAAGGCAUUGUGUGAAAGGAUUUUUAAAUUUUGGCUAUGGAAAGAUUUUAUAUUUAAAUUAAGUAAGUCUGGCAAAAUGUUUUAUGCAUCUCUUGAUGUGCUACAUCGUUUUAGAGAAGAUAUGAUCAAAAAAAAACGAAUAGCUAUAAGCGAAAAAAAAAACAACAAAACCUCAGAAGAAAAUAUCACAAUUGAAAAAUCGAAAAAAGUAUCUUUUUUGGAACUACUUAUAAGAUUUUCUGACGAAUAUCCAAAUCAAAUGAAUGAUAAUGAUAUUAAAGAAGAAGUAGAUUCUAUUCUUUUUGGAGGUUUUGACACAACUUCAAUAAAUCUUACAGUAGUUUUAUUACUAUUAGGAAUUUACCAAGAUAUACAAAAAUUAGUUCGAGAUGAGUUGUAUAAUAUAUUUGGUGAUUCAGACAGAGACGCAACAAUGGAAGACAUUAAUAAUAUGAAAUACUUAGAAAGAGUGAUAAAAGAAUGUCUAAGGAUUUAUCCUAGUAUACCACAAAUAACCCGACAACUAAAUGAUGAUCUACAAUUAAGCAAUUACGUUAUACCCCGGAAUACAGUUUUGAUAAUAUUGCCAUACGUAAUCCAUCGUAACGAAGAGUUAUAUCCAAAUCCUGAAAAAUUUGAUCCUGAAAGAUUUUUGGAUGAAGAAAAUAAAUCUAAAUUUUUGUUUUCGUAUAUACCAUUUAGUGCUGGGCCAAGAAAUUGUAUUGGACAAAAAUUUGCAAUGCUUCAGAUCAAAAUUAUAAUUUCCACUGUUUUACGACAGCUAAAAUUUAAAAUAUUAGGAACUGGGGUUGAUAUAAAGAUAAGUUCCCAAAUAGUGUUAAGAUUUGAGUCACUACCGGAUAUGGAAUUCUCUCUUAUUGAAAACAAUAAUAUAAUCUAGCAAUUAAAGUUUUAUCACAAAAUUAAAUUGUAGAAAUGUGUAUUUAUGAAUAAAAAAAGAUUAAAAUAACUGCAUACUUAAGGAUUUUAUUUUGUUAUUUUACGCAAAUUUAUAUCGUUUAUACGAAGUCGUCGAAGGAAUAUUAAAUUUUUCAGUAAUUAUUUACUAGAUAUAAUAUUGUUUAAUUUAUUUAGAACAAUUACGUGUAUAACUCUCAACAGAAAAUGUACAAAAAAAAAAUGUUAAAA